CUUGUUGCCAACUUACAAGUAGCAUCUUACUGUCGACAAUCUUCUCUUUCUGUUAACCUACAACUAAUUCCAUUAAAAUGGCCGUUCAAGAAAUUGCCAUGGGAAUAAACCUACCCAGAUCACCUUAUAUGCUAGCCCCAAAAUCCAAAUAUGGAGGACGAAACCAGUUCCGCGUGAAAGCAUCUGCUUCUAGUUCAGAUGAUGAGAAUGGAAGGAUGGUAAUAAGGAAAGAAAAGGACGGCUGGAAGUUAGAUUUUUCGGGUGAAACUUUGGCCACACCUUUGCUAGAUACAAUCAAUUUUCCAGUUCAUAUGAAGAACUUGUCAUCAAAGGAUCUUGAACAAUUAGCUGCAGAACUUAGAGCAGAGAUUGUAUAUGCAGUAUCAAAAACAGGAGGGCAUUUGAGUUCAAGCUUAGGAGUGGUGGAAUUGACUGUGGCUCUUCACCAUGUUUUUAAUACUCCUGAUGACAAAAUUAUUUGGGAUGUUGGUCAUCAGACUUAUGGGCAUAAGAUUCUGACCGGGAGGAGGUCUAAAAUGCACACUAUUCGGAAAACUUCCGGAUUAGCAGGCUUUCCCAAAAGGGAUGAGAGUGUGUAUGAUGCUUUUGGUGCAGGACAUAGUUCAACAAGCAUUUCUGCUGGACUUGGUAUGGCGGUGGCAAGAGAUCUACUGGGGAAGAAUAACAAUGUCGUUUCUGUGAUUGGAGAUGGAGCCAUGACUGCAGGACAAGCAUACGAGGCUAUGAAUAAUGCUGGAUUUCUUGAUACUAACCUUAUUGUUAUACUAAAUGACAACAAACAGGUUUCAUUACCAACAGCAACACUUGAUGGUCCAGCCACACCUGUUGGCGCCCUCAGUGGUGCUUUAAGCAAACUCCAAGCCAGCCCCAAAUUUAGACAGCUUCGAGAGGCAGCAAAAAGCAUUACAAAACAAAUUGGUCCUCAAGCACAUGAAGUUGCAGCCAAGUUUGAUGAAUAUGCAAGGGGAAUGUUGGGCGCUUCUGGUUCUACAUACUUUGAGGAGCUUGGACUAUAUUACAUUGGUCCGGUCGAUGGUCAUAAUCUUAAUGAUUUAGUAACGAUUUUCCAAAAAGUAAAAGAAAUGCCAGCACCAGGGCCUGUCCUGAUCCAUAUUGUAACGGAGAAAGGCAAAGGCUACCCUCCAGCCGAGGCAGCAGCCGAUAGAAUGCAUGGGGUCGUCAAGUAUGAUCCAAAGACUGGAAAACAAAAUAAAGCCAAAUCCUCUACACUUACAUAUACUCAAUACUUCGCACAGUCCCUGAUAAAAGACAUAAUUUGUUUAAAAGACGAAUAUAUUGAUUGGAUUUUUCUCCUCUGUCAUCUGACUUUAUUCAAGAAACAGAGAUCAAAGAUUUAUCGGUACAAAUAUAAAAGUUUGGAGCAUUUUUCUCAUUCUUUAAACGAUGUUUACAAUAAAUGA